AUGCCGCUCAGUGGACAGACCGUACUCCUGACAGGAGCGUCGAUGGGAAUCGGCGAGGCCAUCGCAAAAGCACUAGCCAAGGAAGGCGCAAAUUUGAUUCUUCUAUCUCGCUCAGAAGACAAACUAGCCAAGCUGAAAGACGACCUUCUCCAACAAUACAACAAUAUCAAAGUCACAUACCGAACCGCAGACGUAGGAAACCACGAACAAGUCGACGCCGCCAUACAAAGCUCAAUCGAAGAACUAGGCCCCAUUGACAUCCUAAUCAACAACGCAAGUCCAGCACCAACCUCCUACUCCCAUCCCAACCAUCCAUCCUCUACUAAUAUACCAACACAGGCCGGCCUCGCCCUUGGCGCCCCAAACAUCUUCCACGCCCUAAAUAUAACCGACAUCCAAACAAUGAUAUCAACCAACGUCAACGGCCCCAUGUACGUCACACACUCCGUCCUUAACAGAAGUAUGAUAUCCCGCGACUCCGGGACAAUCCUAAACAUUACUUCCGUGACUGGUCUCGAAGUGCCCCCGUUCCCAGGCGAAACGGUCUAUCACUCCAACAAGGCUGCGCAGGAAGCGUUUACGAAUGCGUUGCGGAAUGAGUUGGUUGGUACUGGGAUUAGGGUUCUUGCGUUACGGCCGGGAUGUGUGGCUACGAAUUUUCAUUCGUUGAGGGUGGGUCAUGAUAGGGAGAUGUAUGAGUCGUUUUUUGAGGGAUAUGAGCCGUUGGUGUCGGAGGAUAUUGCUCAGGCUGCGGUUUAUAUGCUGAAUCAGCCGCCGAAUGUCUCUAUCAAGGCGUUGGAUGUUGUUCCUUCAGCUCAACGAUCGCUGAAUGUGUUUGACCGCAAGUGGAAUGAGCGACUUGGCAAAUAA